AUGUCGCGCGCGUUUCUGGAGCGAUGCCCGCGACGGCCUUUGGUGAUCCACAUGGACAUCAACAGGACGAUCAUUCAGUUUGAUUCCGCCGGCGGGCGAACACUGGAGGAUGCGCUUAACGGCAACGUCGCAGCGAACGUCUUGGGGCGCUGCGACGGAGACAAGUGGGUGGCUGUUCUUGGGCCUCAGGAGGAGGGAGAUCGUUCUGGUUUGAUAACGUUCGAGAAGUACGUGGAUGAUUUACAUGCCGAGCCUCCGGGCAUGCAGGAGCGCCCAAAGUCGGAGCGAGACCGCAUGUGGCGCGAAAUUGCUGCGAGGCGGAGGGCGAUGGUGCGGGUCUUCACGCACGCUGGCCAGCCGGGCGAAAAGUACAUGCGCCAUGUUGAGGAACAGAGGAGGGUCUUGACCGCCACACCAAAUCAUUCCAUGAUUCCAGCUUUUUUUCAACUUGUGAACACCCUCUCCGAGCUAAAUUGGCCGUUUACACUGAUAUUUCGGACCUUCGGCAACGACAUGGCUAAUGUGCUGCGGGAGUGGCGACAGUUUGUCUUUGGCGAGCAUGUUUACCAGCCACGGGGGGCAGUGCUUAAGGACUUGAAAGAGAAGUACGUUCCUGAGGCGACAGGGUGUAUUUUUCGCGCGGAGGAUCAGCUCUUUUUCUGUCUUGGGCCAGACAAGCCUUCUGUGGUAAAGUAUCCGGAGGGGACAGAGACACUCCCUCCGUCCGAAGUCCUGGCGCAGCUGUCAGCGAUGCCGUCCUGCAAAGAGGUUCACCAAACAAAUUUCCAGCUGUUGCACGAUAAACUUUGGGAGUACACUUCAGCAUCGAACAACAUCGGUGGAAUUGUAGACUACUACCCGUUUUGGGCCAGUGGAGCCGAACGACGUUCUGGAGGGAAGGUGUUUCCGGUGGCCAUUACCUCUUCCUCUGCUGGGGCGAACUCCAUUACGCCGCGGUUCUACGCCUUCUUUGACGACAACAUCUUUAUUGGGGAGGAAAAAUCGAUUGUGGACCUGCGCGAUAUAGCGACGGGGAAAGGCAUCACCGAUGCCGCAACUGAGCGUAAAUAUUGCGUUGCUGUGAACCCAUACAUGGCCAUUGUUAACAAUGACUACUUUGUGGACUCGCUGGCGCAGGUCAUUCGAUUGCAGCUUGGUGAGGAAAAGAUAAGUGGCGAGUAG